GAAGUUUGGCUUGAUGAAAGUUCCGAGCGCGGAAGUGAAGAGAAACUUUCGCGUGAAUCUCUGCAAGAGAGCGACACUUUCCGCGUCCGAGUGUGGAUAAGGAUGACAAUGAUGACACACAUCUACCAGUCUGUCUGAGGAAAUACCGAGUUGCACUGUUCUGUGAGGCUUUGUUUCAGGUCUGAUUAUGGGGUUGCCUACUUUAGAGUUCAGUGACUCUUUUGUGGACAGUCCGGACUUUAGAGACAGACUCAAAUGUCACGAGAUCGAGCUGGACCGAACGAACUCGUUCAUCAAAGAGCUGAUUAAAGAUGGACACCAGCUGGUCUGCGCGCUCAAGAACCUCUCGGCAGCCGUGCAGAAAUUCUCCCAGUCUUUACAGGAGUUCCAGUUUGAGUGCAUUGGUGACGCAGAAACAGACGAUGAAGUAAACAUCGCUCAGUCCUUCAAAGAGUUUUCCCAGCUGCUGAGCACCAUGGAAGAGGAGAGAAGGCGGCUGAUCCAGAAUGCCGAUGAUGUUCUGAUCACACCCUUGGAGAGAUUCCGGAAAGAGCAGAUUGGAGCAGCCAAGGAGGGGAAGAAGAAAUUUGACAAGGAGGCGGAAAAGUACUAUUCCUCACUGGAAAAGCAUCUCAACCUGUCGUCCAGAAAAAAAGAAUCAGCUCUCCAAGAGGCUGAUGUCCAGAUUGAUAAGGAAAGGCAGCUCUUUUAUGAUGCCUCUCUAGAAUACGUCUUCAAAAUCCAGGUGGUUCAAGAGAAGAAGAAAUUUGAAUUUGUUGAGCCGCUCUUGGCCUUCCUACAGGGUCUGUUCACAUUCUACCAUGAGGGUUACGAGCUGGCCCAUGAUUUUGAGCCCUACAAACAACAGCUACAGUUUAACCUACAGAAUACAAGAAACAACUUUCUGAGCACCAAGCAAGAAGUAGAAAAUCUGAUGAACAGAGUCCGAUCUGCAGAUCAAGACCAGAAGCCCCCAGGCCAGUGGACAAUGGAAGGCUACCUCUAUAUCCAGGAGAAACGGCCGUUGGGAUGCACAUGGACACGCCAUUAUUGUACAUACGAAAAAGCCUGCAACACAUUCAGCAUGUGCAACACAGAGGCAAAACCCCCAGCUAAACAGAACGGAGUCAUGUCAAAUCCCACAGAGAAGUUCAGACUGAAGUCCUGUAUCAGGAGGAAGACUGACUCGAUUGAUAAGCGCUUCUGUUUUGACAUUGAGGUGGUUGAAAGAAAUACCAUCUAUCGUGGAUCUCUUUUCAGACCACUGCAAUUUUUCUGUAAAGCCCGGCAUGGCAUUAUCACUCUACAAGCGCCGUCUGAGUGCAACAGGAGACUCUGGCUGGAAGCUAUGGAUGGCAAAGAGCCGAUCUACAACCUUCCUGCUAUUCUGAGCAAGAAAGAGGAGACAUAUUUAAAUGAAGCUGGCUUUAAUUUUGUGAGGAAGUGUAUAGAGCUGGUGGAGGUGAGAGGGCUCAACACAAUGGGUUUGUACAGAGUCGGUGGAAUAAACUCAAAAGUGCAGAAGCUCAUGUCCACAGUCUUCUCACACAAAGCAGCAUCAGAUAUGGAUCUGGACCCAGAUACCUGGGACAAUAAAACCAUCACCAGCGGCCUCAAAAAUUACCUGAGGUGUCUCAUUGACCCUCUCAUGACAUACAAGCUCCACUCAGACUUCCUCUUGGCUGUCAAAUCUGAUGAUCAGAACUACAGAGUGUGUGCAGUUCACGCGCUGGUGCAUAAACUACCUGACAAAAACAAAGAGAUGCUGGAGAUAUUAAUCAAACAUCUACUCAAUGUGUCCGCUCACAGUGAGAGUAACAGGAUGACCGUGUCCAAUCUGGGAGUGAUCUUUGGCCCUACGCUCAUGCGUUCACAGGAAGAAACAGUUGCUGCCAUGAUGAACAUCAAAUUCCAAAAUGUCGUGGUAGAAAUUCUCAUUGAAAAUUUUGAAAAGAUAUUUCAUCAAGCGCCGGAACCUAACAUUCCCCUGCCACAGCUUCAUUCUCGUCCGGAGUCUCGCAGGAGCAGAGCCAUCUGUCUCUCAUCUGGAUCACGCAAACCCAAGAGCCUCUACACACCCUCAAUGUGCCUGGCAGACGCGGACACACAUGUUCAUACUCCCCCUGCAGGUGACACGUUCAGCAGUAGUUCAGGCAGCACUCCAAUCGGCAGCAUGGACUCCCUCUCCUCCCACUCCUCAGAGCAGAACAGCUCCUCCAAAACCUGCUCCUCUCCACAGCCCAAAGACAAGCCCCCCUUCCCCGGCCUGCGACAUGUCCCUUCCUCCCCGUCCUCCGGCGAGCCUCAGGGCCCCACUUGCACCAGCAGUCCAGACUCCAGCUCAAGAGAGGACACGGGCCGUGUGGAUUGGGAGGAGUCCUGUAGGGUGAACGCAGCUUCAGCAGCUGUCGGUUCUUCACCAGCACCCAGAAAGGCUCCUCACUCUGAAUUAGGAAUCAAAUCAGCACAGCUUAACCGCUCGAACGCCCCAUCUCUAAGAUCUUUACACAUCAUAGAAGGGCUCUCUGGAGGUCGUAAGAGCUGUAUGGGGUCUGCACAGAAUCUAGCAUCCGCCCCCUACCACGAUCUGCCACCUAAAAUGGCCCUGCGCCGAAAGCUGGAGAACAGCAGCUCUACCAACGGCUAUCAGAGACCAGGAUCAGUGGCUGCCAGAGCGAUGCUUUUUGAGAACCCAUCAGCUGUAAAACCUCCUCCCUCGGGAAGAGAUGCCAAAGCCAUAUAUUCAUGUGAAGCUGAAAACAGCAAUGAGCUGAGCUUCCCACAGGGGGCUCACUUCUCCAACGUGUAUCCUUCAGUGGAACCAGGCUGGCUCCAGGCAACAUUUGAGGGCAAAACAGGCCUCAUUCCUGAAAAUUAUGUGGUGUUCCUCUGACAGCGUCCAACAAAGGAGGCCCAAGCAUUUCAUGGUAUCCAUGGUAACAUCAAUUUUAGACCAAGGGCUUUAAAUAUAUAUCAGUCAUUGACAGAUAUGUAAGUGGAAUUUAUGUAAGUGAAAUUAAGACAUCACGGAUGGUACAAAAAACCUCAAUGAUGCAGCACAAGGGUGAUUAAUGUCUGAAUCACGGCUGUAAUUCUAGACAACUGGCUUCCAAAGCUUUUGCUGAGACUAAAAUGUUGAAAUGAACUUCAUGUGCUGCUUGAGUCCAGAUAAACAAAUUCACAUACACUGAGAUCAGGAGGUGCGAUGGACUGCACUAAAUGGUCCUUUUAGGUCUACUAUGUGGUGGAAUACUGUAAUUCUGUUAAGAAAGGUCAGAUAAUAAGUCUAAAAGACAGACUUCCUUUUAUUUUAGCUCAAUGCUAACUGCCUUGAAACGAUAGAGAAGAAUGUUAAACCUCAGCAGUAACUAUUUGAGCUGUGAAUCACUGUUAUGUUUAACUCAGUUCAGCAGAAACUCUGCUUUGUGUGGGGGGUUUUUAUCGUGAAUGUACUUGGUUUUACUGUCAUUCUUUUUCAAUAGACUUAGACCACAAUUGUUAGGAUUUUUGAACAUUUUAAACAGCCAAAUUAAACAAACAAAAUGAACACACAUUUCUGCAAUAUUUCUAGAUGACUAAUAAUUAUGUUAAAGUUUUCAAGUAAAGUCCAUCUGGGCAAAUCUCCAGCUUAACACUGAAGCACAAGAUUUCACUUGGGAACACUGAAAAACAAGAUGAUUUGCUUGAGCAGCUUGAGUGCUGCUGACAUUAAAAGGGACAUAUAAUUAUAUUUACUCAUUUUCAGUUAUAAUACUCAUAUUCAUCACAUUAUGCUGUUAAUAAAAUGCUUUGAAAGUAAAAAUGAAUAAACGUGCCCAGCGGGCACCUUGAUAUCAAUUGGAUGUCAAACAUUAGUCAAGACUUGAUCAAGAUGCUGUAACAUCAUUUUAAAUUCAGUUUGUUUGAUGACAGUUUCUUCCAGAGGUAUUUGAAAUUGGUUAAUUGUACAGUAUAUGUAGGCCAAUAUGUAUGAUGUUCAAUUUACAUCAAAUCAACAUCAAGUUUAAUUGACCACUGGGUAUAUUCUAUUGACUUAUAGAAUUUUAAGCACAGCCAUUUAAGCACAAUUUUUUUGGUGGACACUAAAAUCUUCCAGCUUUGUGCUGAAAUAUAAUCACACUUAAAAGACUGCUUUAUUCAAUCAAAUGAUUGGAAUGCAAUGAAGUGUUCCAGUUAUUUAUAAUUGAAAGGUCUAAUAUUUUUUAUACACAAUAUUUCUAAUCCUAAAAAAAAAAGUUUGGAAACCACUGGUAUAAAGCAUGAGAUAGCAGUGGAUCAUUUCUCAGUUUUGCAUCGAGGGCACUUCAGAACGUCAAGCUAAAAUCAGUUUUUAACAAAUACUAAUGAAUCAAGUCUAGCUGUCGCAUUAAUGUCCAGGUCACAUUAUUCAUUCUGAAGUUGUCAUGGUACGUUCCAGUUAUCUUAUUGUCUCCAUAAUUAAAUAUUGCAAACUUGUAUAAUGGAAAUAACAGGUGAUAGAAAAUCUAGAUGUUAGAAGUUUAUACAUGGAUGAUUAUUUUGUAAAUCACAUAUUUUUCUUCUUAGUUCAUUUUUGUUCUGUCAAUAAAUGUGUUUAUAAAAUGAGA